AUGGGGAUGGGAGCUGUGGCUGCGACCCGGGAGGAUGAGGAGGCGAAGAAGAUGGAGGCCGGCGACGACACCGUCGGCCAGAAGCUCGACGCCGGCGCGCUCUUCGUGCUCCAGUCCAAAGGUUCGUGGCUGCACUGCGGGUACCACCUGACGACGUCGAUCGUGGCCCCGGCGCUGCUGAGCCUGCCGUUCGCGUUCGCGGCGCUGGGGUGGACGGCGGGGAUCAUCUGCCUCGUCAUCGGCGCGGCCGUCACCUUCUACUCCUACAACCUCAUCUCCCUCGUCCUGGAGCACCACGCGGCGCAGGGCCGCCGACAGCUCCGCUUCAGGGACAUGGCCACGGACAUACUAGGUCCUGGAUGGGGAAAAUACUACAUUGGACCGAUCCAGUUCCUGGUGUGUUUCGGAGCAGUCAUCGGGUGCACUCUCCUGGCCGGACAGAGCUUGAAGGCAAUCUACCUGCUGGCCAACCCCGGCGGCACGAUCAAGCUGUACGUGUUCGUGGCCAUCUUCGGCGUCUUCAUGAUGAUCCUGGCGCAGCUGCCGUCCUUCCACUCGCUCCGGCACGUCAACCUCAUCUCCCUGCUGCUCUGCCUCGCCUACAGCUUCUGCGCCGUCGCCGGCUCCAUAUACCUAGGAAACUCCGAUAAGGCGCUGCCCAAGGACUACUCCAUCUCAGGUGACGCCCAGAACCGUGUGUUCGGCGUCUUCAACGCCAUCGCCAUCAUCGCCACCACGUAUGGCAACGGCAUCAUCCCUGAGAUACAGGCAACGGUGGCGGCGCCGGUGACGGGGAAGAUGUUCCGGGGGCUGUGCCUGUGCUACGCGGUGGUGGUGACGACCUUCUUCAGCGUGGCCAUCUCGGGGUACUGGGCGGUCGGCAACCAGGCGCAGGGCACCCUGCUGAGCAACUUCAUGGUGGACGGCGCGGCCGUGAUCCCCAAGGGGCUCCUCCUCGUCACCCAGCUCUUCACGCUGCUGCAGCUCUCGGCGGUGGGAGUGGUGUACCUGCAGCCCACCAACGAGGUCCUGGAGGGCCUCUUCUCGGACGCCAAGCAGGGGCAGUACGCGGCGCGGAACGUGGUGCCGCGGCUCGUGUCGCGCACGGUGGCCGUCGCGCUGGCCACCACCGUCGCGGCCAUGCUGCCCUUCUUCGGGGACAUGAACUCGCUCAUCGGCGCCUUCGGCUUCCUGCCGCUCGACUUCGCCGUGCCGGCGCUGUUCUACAACGUCACCUUCAAGCCGUCCAAGAAGGGGGUCGUGUUCUGGCUCAACACGACGAUCGCCGUCGUCUUCUCGGGGCUCGCAGUGAUCGCGUCCGUCGCGGCGGUGCGGCAGAUUGCCUUGGACGCCAAAACUUACAAGCUUUUCGCCAACGUGUGA